GGAGAGUCCAUCCUGAACUGCCUCACUUCUCUCCACGUUCUGUCCUGAAAGAAUGGAUCCCCAAGGCCUGAGGGAAGAUCUCCGUCUGUUUCAGAGCACUCUGCUGCAGGACGGACUCAAAGAGCUCCUGAAUGAGAAUAAGCUGAUUGACUGUAUCCUAAAGGUUGGAGACAGAAGCAUUCCCUGCCACCGGCUCAUUCUGGCAGCGUGCAGUCCUUACUUCCGGGAGCUGUUCUUCUCAGUGGAGGGCAAAGAAGACGACAAGAAGGAAGUUGUUCUGGAGAACCUUGAGCACAAUAUUUUGGAGGUGAUUGUGAAUUACAUGUACUCCGCAGAGAUUGACAUCAAUGACGACAAUGUGCAGGACAUUUUGGCUGUUGCCAAUCGCUUCCAGAUCCCCUCCGUGUUCACAGUCUGUGUGAACUAUCUCCAGAAGAAGCUGUCCAGGAAAAGCUGCCUUGCCAUCUACAGACUGGGACUGAUGACGAACUGCACCAGACUGGCAGUGGCAGCUCGAGACUACGUGGCAGAUCGCUUUGAGUCCGUAGCCCAGGAUGAGGAUUUCUUAGAGCUUGCUGCGCCUGAACUCUUUGCAAUUAUUGGAGCGGAUGCACUGAACGUGGAGAAAGAAGAGGUGGUGUUUGAGACACUCAUGAGGUGGAUCAGAAAAGACAAAGACAAGAGAGUCAAAUCACUGGAAGAGGCCCUUGAUUGCAUUCGUUUCCGUUUGCUCCCAGAGAAGUACUUCAAGGAGAAAGUGGAGAAAGAUGACCUGAUAAAGGCUGAUCCUGAGGUUCUCAAAAAAAUUAAAGUCAUCAAGGAUGCGUUUGCGGGGAAACUGCCUCCCAAGAAAAAGGGUAAAGAUGGCGAGGAAGGAGAGGAGGACAAGCUGCCGGGGUAUCUGAAUGACACCCGCAGAUAUGGCAUGUACGCCAAAGACAUGGUGCUGAUGAUCAAUGACACUGCUGCUGUGGCCUAUGACGGCCAGGAGAAUGAAUGUUUUCUUGCAGCGAUGGCCGAGCAAAUCCCCCGAAACCACGUCAGCAUGACAUCAAAGAAGAACAAUCUGUAUGUGUUGGGAGGACUGUUUGUAGACGAGGAGGAGAAAGAAAACCCACUGCAGUGUUACUUCUACCAGUUGGACAGUCUUGCUGCUGAGUGGAUGGCUCUGCCACCAAUGCCCUCUCCCAGGUGUCUCUUCGCUAUGGCUGAAGUUGAGAAUCUCAUCUUUGCUGUUGCAGGAAAAGAUUUACAGUCCAAUGAGUCUCACGACACGGUCAUGUGCUACGAUACUGAAAAAAUGAAGUGGACGGAAGCAAAAAAGCUGCCCUUGAGAAUCCACGGCCACUGUGUGGUCUCAGAGAACGGGCUGGUUUACUGUAUCGGAGGAAAAACAGAUGACAAUAAAGCAACCAAUAAGAUGUUCGCAUACAACCACAAGAGGUCAGAGUGGAAGGAGGUGGCUUCUAUGAAGACGCCCAGAUCGAUGUUCGGAGCAGUUAUUCACAAAGGGAGGAUCGUUGUCGCUGGGGGAGUCAAUGAGGAAGGCCUGAUAGCUGCCUGUGAAGCCUAUGACUUUGGAACCAACAAGUGGACCCCAUUUACCGAGUUUCCUCAGGAGAGGAGUUCAGUCAACCUGGUCAGCUGUGGAGGCCUGUUGUACGCCGUUGGAGGCUUUGCCAUGGUGGAGAAUGAGAACAAAGAGUGUGCACCCACUGAAGUCAUCGACAUUUGGCAGUAUGAAGACGAAAAGAAAGAGUGGACUGGUAUGAUCAGAGAGAUGCGUUAUGCAGCAGGAGCCUCCUGCGUUUCUAUGCGCCUGAAUGCGGCCAAAAUGCCCAAACUGUAAUUGCAUUUUCAAGGACAUUCAUAUUACUGCUGUAGGACACACAAUAAUACGUACUAUACAAGCUGUUAUUUUGCAGCUCAUUGUUUUCAGUAUCAUUCUAACACAUCGGACACAUCUCCUUUGCCUGCUCUGUUGGUUUUUGCUUUCAAUUUUGUGACUUUAUCAGGUCUUUGUUGUCUCAUGUGUUCUGUAGCAUAUUUGAGAAUUUCCCGUCACACUUAUUAAAAUGUAUAGUAUUAAAAUAUUAGCGACAUUUUAUCAGAUUUUUGUGUUUUUACCACAGUUCAUAAAAUAUUUGGAGGUCAUUUAAGAAAAGUAAUGUCUGCUAAUUUUGAUUUUUUUCAAAAAUGUUUAAUACAAAAGCACAUAAUGCACAAUUUUUGCUCAACAUGAACGAGGUAGAUUCAUGCCAACUUUAUACUAUAAUAACAAAAAAGCAAGGAGCACUUUAUGUAUAUUAACACAUUGCAUUCAAAACUCUGUUCAGUCACUCUGCCAAAACAUUCUUCAAAACCAGGCUAAUAGCUCAGCGCUGCAGGUAACUUUUCUGUCAUUAUUCUAUAAAUAACAGCUCGAAGGAGAAAGCUAUCCGAAUAUUUUCUUCUUUAGAUAUUCCUGCCAGGCAUCAUGAGUGGAAAGCUCCAUCGAGUUCCAUUCAAAGUGAGGAAUCUGUGACAACACAGACAACACAUAUUCAGAAUCAGAAUCAGAAACAGAUUUAUUGCCAGGUAUAGUUUACACAACACAAGGAAUUUGUUCUGGUGGGUUGGUGCAACAAUAAAUAUAGAGUAAAUAUUGCGCCAUUGUAUGCCUUUUACCAUAUUGCUUGUAUUUAAUCGGGUAUAAUUACAUUCAACAUCAUGCUCAAUAAAGUUUUCUCACCUGAACAACACGA